CUUCACGACAUACCAAUUCAAGAUGCCGACAGAUAUUGGCAAGGCAGGCCAUGCAGCGAAAAGAAAAAGCAGUGCGACAGAUAAGAGACCGGCAAAACGAGCACGAUCCGAAAGUAGCGACGAAGAUGGCCAGGCGCAGAUACUGUUGCUCGAGAACGAGAUCUUUGAAUCGAAGAAAAAUUACAACAACAUCGCAAAAUUGAUCAAGAUUCUGGGGGACGAUUCCAAAGAUGCAGAUAGCUCGAUUGUUGCAGCAAUUUCGUUGUGCCGAGUCUUUACAAGACUUAUGAUGUCUGGAGAUAUGUCCAGGAAGCAAUCAGCUACUGAGAAAGAUACCAUUGUGGUCAAGUGGCUUAGGGAACGAUACGCGGAGUAUAAAUCUGGCUUGUUGGACCUAUUGAGAGAGGAGGGUGCUGGACCAACGAUGUUCACCCUGUGUAUGAGAUUGCUGAAGACUGAAGGCCAACAUCUGCGAAUUGGACAAGGCAGCUUUCCGGCUGUAUUUGUGACAGACAUGGUUCGAGUUCUGCUGAAAGAUGACGGCGAAGGAAAUGUGCGGAAGGAGUUCAGUGAGAAGUUCGUAGAAGAGUACGACGACAUUCGGUUCUAUACACUGGAAGCUAUCCAGAAAAUCUUAGGAGAAGCGAAUACCGGUGUGGAUAACAAAUUGUUCGACAAUGCUUUGGAGAUUCUCAGUUCGAUCCAAUCAGUUCCGGAAUCAAAGGAGGAACUCGAGGAUUUCUAUGUCACCACUCCCGAGAAGAGCAACCAUGCUUUAUACUCACUCACAAAACAUAAGAAGAAUGCACAGGGAGCGUGGCUAGCUCUUAUGGGGCUACAGAUGGACAAAGAUCAGAGAAAGUCGCUGCUGAGACUUGUUUCCACAUCAAUCGCUCCAUGGUUCAUGAAACCUGAACUUUUGAUGGAUUUUUUGACAGACUCAUACGAUGCUGGUGGAUCAACCUCGCUCUUGGCUUUGUCAGGAGUAUUCUACCUGAUCCAGGAGAGGAAUCUUGACUAUCCAUCCUUCUACCGAAAGCUAUACUCUUUACUCGAUUCGGAAAUCCUUCACUCGAAGCACCGCUCCAGAUUUUUCCGACUUAUGGACACUUUCCUGUCAUCGACCCAUCUUCCAGCUGUGCUGGUGGCUAGCUUUCUGAAGAGGCUAUCAAGAUUGACGCUCAAUGCUCCUCCAUCGGGGGUAGUUGUUGUUGUACCAUGGAUCUACAAUCUAUUAAAACGACACCCUUCGACAACCUUCAUGAUACAUCGAGAAACUCGAGGGGCAUCUGCGAAAGAGAGACUUGAGAAUGAGGGGAUGGACGACCCAUUUGAUAUGGAAGAAGAUGAUCCAAUGGAGACGCAUGCCAUCGACAGCAGUUUGUGGGAGAUAGUCACGCUUCAGUCUCAUUACCACCCCAAUGUUGCGACGCUGGCCAAGAUCAUCUCAGAGCAAUUCACCAAGACAGCUUACAAUCUGGAGGAUUUCUUGGAUCAUUCAUAUGGAAGCAUGCUCGAAGCAGAACAUGUGAAGGAAGUUAAGAAAACACCUGUAAUUGAGUUUGAGAUACCAAAGCGGAUUUUCCUGAAACAAGAUCUGGCAACAGAGGUCGAGGAUAGUCUGUUAGUCAAGUUGUGGGAUUUUAGCUAAAUGACAAGAUACGCAUUCUUAAUUUAUUUUUCUUUCUUGAGAAUCAUGUUGACACUGUACGACAAUCAUCACCCCUCGGGAUAUCGGAACACAUCGGGUGCGGGAAGCGAAGAAAAAGGGGCAGGCACCGCCUCGAUGUCAACCCCAGAGUGAUUUACGUAGUGUACCAGCGAAAGAAGCUGCAC